AUGCUUCGCCUAGCGAAUUUCUGGGCCCCAGCACUGCUGGGGCUAUGGGUCGUUUCGGCGACUCAGACUUCCGUGUCCGUCGCGCUGCACAAGCGAGUUGCGACAGUUGCGACAGUGAGGAAGCAUGCGGAGGCCAGCAAGAGCAGCGUGCAGCAUAAGAUGGCAUAUUUCGGCACCAUACAGGUCGGAAACCCUCCACAGGAGUUUUCAGUUGUUUUUGACACUGGGAGCGGAAAUCUCAUAGUUCCUGGCAGUGAUUGCUCCAGCGAUGCCUGCACCAGCCAUCGACGGUUUGAUCAUAGGAAGAGCGAUGGAAUCAAUGCAAUCAAUUGCGAUGGCAGCAACGUCUCUCACGGGAUGUUGGCGGACGAAAUUACAAUUACUUUCGGCACGGGCAAGAUUACUGGACAGUGCUUCACGGACUCCAUUUGUGUUGGGGCCGCCUGCUCCAAAGGCAACUUCAUUUCGUCGCUUGACGAGAGCUACACGCCUUUUGCCACUUUCUCCUUCGACGGGGUGCUUGGCCUCGCGCUGGACUCAAUGGCGCAGUCUAACGAGUUCAGCGUGAUGAGCCGCUUACAUGGCGCAGGGGUGCUAGCGCAGCCGCUUUUCUCUGUGUUUCUGUCAGACUCCGAUGAAGAGAAGUCUGAGAUCACCUUUGGAGCUAUCAAAGAGGAGCACAUGGCGUCAGAGCUGUACUGGGUGAACGUGGUCGGGGAUGCAGGCUACUGGCAGGUUGAGAUCCAGGAUAUUUAUCUCGGAGAUAAAGCUCAGAAGCUUUGUCAGGGUUGCCGAGUGGCAGUGGACACCGGCACCUCCGAACUUGCAGGUCCAUCAGACAUCAUUGCCCGGCUGGAGGGGCUUCUGGGUUCGGGACAUGACUGCUCAAACCUGGAUUCUUUGCCGCACCUGGGCUUCGCUGUCCGUGGUCCCAAUGGCAAGCCCAAAAUUCUUUCCCUGUCGCCGAAGGACUACACAUCCGAGGGAUCCUUCGGUGGCUGCAACCUGUCCUUGAUGAAUCUGGACGUUCCUCCACCCAAGGGGCCACUCUUCGUUUUCGGGAUCCCGUUUCUUCAGAAAUAUUUCACGGUCUACGAUCACGAGAACAGCCGUGUGUGGAGCCUGGCAGCUUCAACGGACAUGUCUUGCCUAGGUUACGAGGGCUCCCCGCAAUCCUUCACACUGUCUUGGAAGGAGGAUUCUUGUGAGGAGUCCUUGGGGUCGAUUUCGAGAGGAUGCCAGUCGUUGCCAAGCGGCUUUGGUGAGCUCUCGGCACCGCUCCUCGAGCACGAGGAGUCGGGCACGCAGCCAUGCAAGGUCUCAGCACCUGCCAUGACAUUGAACUUGAUCAAUGCGAGUUUGGGUUCUGGAAUGCUCAGUCUCCCUUGGGCAGCUGCUGGAUCAUCGCUUCUUGUAGCAGCAGGUGUGACUCUGCUUGUCUUGGUCUUGAAUGGCGUGACGAACAUCAUCCUCGUGGCUGCAGCCGAGCGCCAGCACGUCUUUGACUUGGGUGGCUUGAUGGGACGUCUUCCUGGCAAGUGGGCUCGACUGCUUCGUUGGGCAUUUGAUUGCAGCAUUUGGUGCUCCGUUGGGCUGGCCUUGCUGGGCUACUUUGUGGUGAUCGCUGAUGCUUUUGAUCCCGUUGCCGAGUUUGUCGGCUUGCCGUCAACGGUCAAGAAAAAAGCUUCUGUUUUCGUUGGAACGCUACUAGUCAUCCCACUUUGUUUGAUGGAUCCAGAGUAUCUUGCUUUCAGCUCCACCUUGAGUGUGGCCGCCAAUGUCUAUCUGGUUCUCCUGAUCACCUCUCUCUUUACAUUCCAGUCAGAAGUGACGUCGCACCACUCCUUUUGUUGGCUCGGUGCUGGUCCUGGUAUCAUCACGAUGGGCAGUGCAUUGAUGCAGUCCAUGAUCUUCCAGAUGUGUACCAUGCCAAUGUACGAGGUGCUGGAAGACCGCAGCGUCCGGCGAUUCAGUAUCUGCCUGGCUAUUAGCUUUGGCUUUGUCUUUUUCCUCUUCACCACGCUCUGCCUUAUGGGAUUGAGUUUGUAUGGUGAUGGAGUUUCGUCGAACAUUCUGAACAAUCUUCCUCCGGAUGUGUCUGGAGAUGCUGCACGAGUAGGCGUGGGCUUAUCCGUGAUCGCCAUCUACCCGAUCUACCUCGAGUCAAUGGUGGCGCCUUUGCGCCACGCUGAGGAGCGUGCCUGGCGCCAUCGGCAGCCUUUGAUGCUCCCGUCCCCACGUGAAUCAGUGGUCUUCGAUGAUGCUGUGACCAGAGGCGCUUCCGGUGAUCUCGAAGCCGAGCCCUCCCGCAGCUCCACCUCCUGGAUGUCAGAUCGGCUCCUCAAGGUUCGCGUGAAGGUCUUCCAGCUCCAUGCAAAGCUUCCAAUGCGGCCCUCGCAUUUCGCAGCUGUGGCCAUCAUAUUGGGGUCUGCGGCUGGAGGCUGUGUGGUCACUCACCUGGGACUUUGCAAUAUCCUGAACGGAGCCAGUCAGGUUGCUGCCAUGGUCGGCUGGGCACCAGGAUUUGCAGGACUCUUCCUGCUGGGCUGGGACCAGAGGUGCUGGCAGCUUUUGAUGGUUCUGCUGAUCAUCUUUUCAAGCAUGAUGUCCGGGAUCCAAUCAUGGCCAAACGAGAAAGGUUUAAUGUCAGCCUGGCACCACCCAUGUCGUGUGAAGCGCCUGAAGCUGGAAGAGAGGUCGGAUUUGCGGUUGCGCAGCAUAAGGGCGAGAAGGCCGAGAUGCUGCUGGAGGUCUCCGAGUCCACGGAUGUGGAGCAAGGAGCCGGAGCUGCUCGACAAUCCUUCCUCUCACGCGUGCGGAGGUGAAAUGAUGUCUGCGCCGAGUUCCCAAGGCUACCAAUUGCACAUGCGGACACAGCCGACACUUCACAUCGACGGUGGUACACGUGAGUCUGGCCGAUCAGUCGCGGACUUGUGCAGCGGGCCAGCUAAAGCUGUUUUGCUCUCGUUGCAGCUCGAAGCCAUGUUUUCCUGCCUGUGCAGUGAUGCAGAUGCAGAUGAGUUCGAGACGAAGAUGGACGUUCAGGCUCCGCCUUCAGCUGCAGGACCGGUGGAAACUCCGCACAGCUUCACAGCUACAGUCAACGAGGUGAACAAGAACGUGUACACAGUUUCCUUUGACAAGCCUGCCGGCUUGGCAGGCAUCCGAUUCAAUCACGUGGACAGCCUGCUGGUUAUCGAAGACGUUGGUUCUGAGACAGUCUCGCAGUGGAACAAGGCGCAAGCCUCUGCAGACACCGUGAUCCAGCCGAUGGAUCGCGUCGUGAGCAUCAAUGAUGAGACGGGUUCCGCUCAGGAGCUUCUGGAUAAAUUUCACAAAGCGGGGAGGAUAAGCAUAACCCUGGAGCGCCCGACGUACCUAUCCAUCGCUUUGAAGAAGAAGAAGGGCGACAAGCUGUUGGGCGUUGAAGUUGUGCCUCAAGAAGGUGUUCUUGGAGUCGUCAUCCUGAACAUCCAGGAGGAGGGUCUGUUCCCGAGCUACAAUGCCAGUGCAGAGAAAGAACUGCAGAUCAAGGCCUACUCCAGCAUCUAUGCCAUCAACGGAAAGGUUUGGCCAAGUCUCACUCUUCUUCGCAUGCUGCGGAAGCUUGAAGAGCUUCAGAUCAGCUUGAGGAUUGGUGAUGCGGACAGCGGGAAGACCAGUCAGACGAUGAAAAUUCCCAAUCCUCUGAACGAGGACGAGAUGGUGACUGCCCUCGUCGAGUUGGAAGACACGUAUGCCCCAAUCAGAUAUGGACAGAAGCAAGAUAUCAAUGAGCUCCUAGAGGUGAAACCACCUCCGGCGGAGCCUGUUACGCCGCAGUACUUUGGUCCGUUUGCCGAGUACGAGGCGCUGACAGAGCUGAAGCUGGUUUCUCGGAGAUUCUGCACUGUGAGACGCCUUUGUUUCCAUUGCCACCUCAGGAAAGAACAAGAGGACACAAUGAAACGCGAAAACAAGUGCACGAAAAGGACUGUGAUCUGGGGUCGGUCGACGACAUACCACGUGCGAACGACUUCUCCUUCCAACGUGAUACCGGACCAGUGGAUCGAAUACGGUAGAAGAAGCAAGGAUUGGAAUGCCGUUUUUCGAAACCGAGACCAUGCCGGCAACAAACUUCCGAUUUUUAAAUUUUACCCGGCCAGGAAGGGCAAGUGCGGCAUUAUUUUCAUCGACCGAAUCGAGAUCCACGACUCGCGUUUUUAUGGCCACGGCUUGGGGCCUUUCUUGCUCAAUACUGGGCUGAAGUACAUCGACGGCGAGUUCAUGAAUGAGACGGGACCAGUGUACCUCAAGCCGUUUCCGCUGCUGUGGGGAAGGAAGGAGGGCGAUGCGCCUCCGGUGCCGGACGAUCCAUUCAAAACCAAAACGGUGUCAAAGGUCCGAGAACAAGAAAUGCAUCGGGACAGCUUGAAUCUGAUCGAGUGA